UUAGUUCAAUACAGUUAUUCGUGUUGGUGCAGGACGCCGAUAUCCGACCUUAGAAUAAACAGAACUAGAGGCUUCAAAGUCCGGUUCUUGACGAUUUCUUACUAACGACAUAUUGUUUAUUCUCAUUCUUAUUCUCCUUCUCUCUGGUUCUGGGAAAGCAGAACUGCGAGAAUCACAGCCGCAGCCACAGGGUUUACCUAGGCCCAGGUGGUUCUAAUUUUCACUAAGUUCGGCUCAUGGAAGUUGCAAAUACAAAUAAUCAAUGCGCAGGUUCUGCAGCCGUAUCAGAAAAUCAAUUUACCGGCUCUGAUACAGCAAAUGAUGUGAAAAAGACAUCUAGAGAGCAGAGAGAAGCUCUGCCAGGGGAGCCUAAAUGUGUUGUAUGUGGCCGCUAUGGGGAGUAUAUAUGUGAUGAGACUGAUGAUGAUAUUUGUAGCUUGGAAUGCAAACAAACUCUUCUAUGGAGGGUUGCUAAUUCCCAGGUUUCAGUUGCUUCUCCACCUCCUACAAGGUUUGCUACAACUGAUGAGUGUUUUUAUGUUAGAGAAUCUGAUGAUAAAUCAGGACCCUCAUCUUUAACUAAUGAUCAAACUGAGUUACUGAGAAGGAAGCUUGAAAUCAAUGUAGAGGGGGAAUCGGUUCCAGAUCCCAUUUUGUCAUUCUCUUCUUGUAAUCUUCCUCAGAAGCUUCUGAAGAACAUAGAAGCUGCAGGAUAUGGUAUGCCUACUCCUGUCCAGAUGCAAGCAAUCCCAACCGCUUUGAGCAGCAAAAGCCUGCUUGCUUCAGCUGAUACAGGCUCAGGGAAAACUGCUUCUUAUCUGGUCCCUGUUGUUUCUCGCUGUGCAAGUUUUCGCCUUCAGCACUCGCCUGAGUAUAGAAAGCCACUAGCAAUGGUUUUAACUCCAACAAGAGAGCUCUCCAUGCAGGUUGAGGAUCAAGCUAAGUUACUUGGUAAGGGUUUGCCUUUCAAGACUGCACUUGUGGUUGGUGGUGAUGCUAUGGCUGGACAAAUCUACCGUAUUCAGCAAGGAGUGGAAUUAAUUGUAGGGACUCCGGGCAGGCUCAUUGAUCUUUUAACAAAGCAUGAUAUUGAACUAGAUGAAGUAAUGAUAUUUGUUCUAGAUGAGGUGGACUGUAUGCUUCAAAGGGGCUUCCGAGAUCAGGUUAUGCAGAUUUUUAGAGCUCUUUCUCAACCUCAGGUCUUGAUGUUUUCUGCAACAAUCACACAAGAAGUAGAGAAGAUGGCAAGCUCUAUGGCAAAAGAUAUGGUUAUUGUCUCCAUUGGCCAGCCUAACAGGCCAAGUAAGGCUGUGAAACAGCUGGCUAUCUGGGUUGAGUUAAAGCAAAAGAAGCAAAAGCUUUUUGACAUUUUGAUGAGCAAGCAGCAUUUUUUGCCACCAGUGGUUGUAUAUGUGGGUUCAAGACUUGGGGCAGAUCUCCUGUCUAAUGCAAUCAUGGUUGCCACAGGUUUGAAGGCUCUAUCAAUCCAUGGGGAGAAGUCCAUGAAGGAGAGAAGAGAAAUCAUGAGGUCAUUUUUGGUGGGGGAGGUUUCUGUGAUUGUGGCCACUGGGGUUUUGGGUAGGGGAGUUGAUCUCUUAGGUGUGAGACAGGUAAUAGUGUUUGACAUGCCCAAUUCCAUUGAGGAGUAUGUCCAUCAGAUAGGAAGGGCAUCUCGUAUGGGAGAGGAGGGUACAGCAAUUGUUUUUGUUAAUGAGGAGAACAAAAAUUUAUUUCCAGAGUUCAUUGAGGUUUUAAAAUCUUCUGGAGCUGUGAUACCUCGUGAACUUGCAAAUUCAAAGUUUACUGUGCGUUCCUUCCCUGCAGGAAAGGGCCACAGAAAGCGAAAAUAUGGUUCAUGAACUAUCAGAAGUUUUGUUUGUUUCUUGGCUUUAUUUUACUACUGCUAAGGUGCAAAAUCAACUCUGUAGUUACAUUGUUGAAUUCUUGGUCUAUGCUGGGUGCAUCUAGCACCGGCAAGAAAUGAAGAAACAUACCACCUUGUUGGCAAUUUCAUGAUUACUGUGUGGAGGAAGAAAACUGUCAUUGGGUGCACAAAUAUGAUGUUUUCUUGGGGAUAAGUAGCCAGCCUGGAUAUCAAGCAGUCACACAGCAUGUCAGGGAACAUUUUUGGCAAUUGUUUUGAUAUUCAAACUGAUAUCCCUUUGCUGCUGGUCAACUUCAUUGGUUUCAUUUGCUUAUUCAAAGAGGGAAGACAAUCCAGAAUUCAGGGAGAAGACUGCUAGUUUCAGUGCACCUUAAAUCUCAUUGAGGCAUAGGAGUUAGGAUGGCCUGUUCUCUUGAGGGAAGAUUUUGGAAGCUAUUGUUCUAUUGACUUUGGAAUGGUGGUGAAUGUAAUUGAAACAUUGGAAAUAUUCUAUUUUGCUGGGAACAGGAAAGGGGUAAAUUUCAAUAA